UUCGUUCUUUUAGAACUGUCAAGAGGCCAUUUCGGUCGUGUGUUUUGUCGCUGGAGUGAAUUAUUUCUAAUUCUAAAACAUGGGUCACGCCAAUAUCUGGUAUUCUCACCCCCGGAGAUACGGGCAGGGAUCCCGUUCAUGUCGUGCUUGCUCCAACAGACAUGGACUUAUCCGUAAAUAUGGAUUAAACAUCUGCCGGCAAUGUUUCCGCGAAUACGCGAAUGACAUCGGAUUCAAGAAGCUGGACUAAAUGGUUAGUUUAAUAAAUUUUUAAGUAACA